UUCAAAUAGAAGAUUAAGAAAAGCAAAAAAUAGUUUGUUAUUGAAAACUGAAAAAUGAAUUUCAGAUCAUUUAAUUUUUCUUAGAUUUUUAUUAUUGUAACUCUUAUUUAGAUGUUAAUAUCUUAAGAAUGCUAAUAAGGAUGUAAGGAAUGCAUAGUAAAUACAUCCACAAAUUAAAAUAUUUGUUAGCAGUGUGAAAGCGAUUUUACACUUAAUACCUAGUAGAAUUAUUGUGUUUACUAAAAAUGCUUAAAUCUAACUUAUUUUCAACAAGAUACAUCUCUAGCAAACUCUAAUUGUGUAUCUAUUUGUAGUGAAACUAGUGUAAUAAAUUAAAAAUAAAAUAUAUGCAGCAAAUCUUACGAAUGCUCGACAUAGUAUACCUCAAUAUCAUCUAUGAGCAAAGGUUAAGUGAUUAAAUCUAUAUACGCUUCAAAUAUUACAGAUGAUAUAUUUUUUGUUUAUAACAAUUUUAUCAAUGCAAUAAAUAGUAAAAAUGGAGCAUUUAUAAGAUAAUACACAUUUGACAGCUCAAUCAUCACUACCUAUUAAUUUAGGGAUAGUAUUUUCCUAUUUGGAAAUAAUAAAAAUUCUAUUUUUAAAUGGAAUCCUAGAGAUAAUAUUAUCUAAAAGGUACUAGAAAUAGGCAAAGGAACUUUAAAAACUUCAAGCUAAAUAAUGGAAGUUGAAAAUAAUAGUAAUAUUUUAUUAGUAACUUCAAUCGAUAAUAAUAGUAAUAUUUUGUUUUUCACAUAAUUUAAUACUACUUCGUUUAUCAACUUACCAAAUCCAUCUUUUUAAAUUUCUUUGUCAGACCAAUCAAGCAUAUAAUUAUUUCAAGAUAUCAUAAUUUAAUAAUCUUUAAGUUGUCAGAUAAUGGUUUAUAAUGUAGUGUAAAAUAGUGAUUAAUCACUAUCUUUGAUAAAGAUAACUCCCAGUUAUAUUUGUAGUUUUGCUUCUGGAAUAAUUAAAAGUGCUAUCAAAAAUAAUAUUAACAACAAUAUUUUAGUAUAUUUUUAAAAUACAAGCGGAAUUUAUUCUAUUUCUAGUGAUGGACUUUAAUGCAAUUAGCUGUUCAGAGAUUUGGCUCCAUUCAAAAUUUUAUAAAUAGCAAUAAAUAUUAACAAUAUAAUGUAAAAUCUAUACUUUAUUGCAUAAAAUUCAGGAAAUUUAAUAGUUUAUGAUUAUUCACUCACUUAACAGCUUUUAAGCUUAUAAUCAAAUAAUAUAUUAGAUUUCUAAGCUUUAAUCUUUAACGGAUAACCAAAUUAAAAUUAAUUGUCUAUUUUGAUUUUAAAUAGUAAUAAUUAAGUCACACAUUUUGUUUAUAUAUUAAAUCUCUCAAAUAAUGGUUUAGAAUUCAAGCUUUAAAUAUCUUAAUAAAUUCCUUCGUAUAUUUUAAACCCUUAACAAUUAUUAGUAGCUAAUGGUAUAGUUGAUUCUCAAGGAUAAUCAAAAAAUCUUAAUUUAGUUUUUCUUACAUACUAGAAUUCAUAAAUAAUAAAUAUUACUGAUAGUUCUCUAGCAGGAGUAGUAAUUGAUUUUUAAGCAAAAUUAUUCUAGAAUUAGUAAAAAGUAAAUAAAAUAGUCUACUUUAAAACUCCUCAACUAAUAGUAAGCUGUGGAAGUGAUGGUAAAGUAAUUGUUUGGCAAGCAGUUGAUCUUUAGCAACCUGUCUUUUUUUAUCAACUUAGUAAAAUAGGACAAUAAUGUAUUGAUAUUUAAAUAUUUUAGGUAGAUUCUUUAAUUGUUUAGUAUUAAAAUGAAGUUAACAUUUUUAAUAUCUUCAAUCCACUUGACUCUUAUAGCUAUCCUAUACUCAAUUCUGCUUAUACUAAAAUACAAGUCUUACAAGAUCACCUUUUUAUCCUCAAUGGAAACAAUAUUUUUAUCUUCAAAUAAAAAGAAUUAAUUUAUUAUAAAGGUAAUAUAGAUACAGUGGAUCAGAAUGUAUUGUUUACAAAUUUCUUUGUGAGCUAAAACCUAGAGAUAAUUUUAAUAAGCAAUCAAAAUACUAUUAUAAAUUAUUAAUUUAUAGAUUUGAACCCAAUCAUAUUUUAAUUGAAUCCAAAUGUUUCAAUUUAUUAAUCUACCAAUAAAAUACUAAAGUCUUUUAUGUUAAUUUCAUCUGAUUCAUCAAUAGGUAAUUUAUUGUUAAUAAAUGAUUCUAAUAAUAAUAUCAUUGUCUUAGAUAUGAAAUUCUAACAAAAGAUUAUCAAAUCAAAUUAAAUAGGAUAUAUCCUAAAAGUAUAUUAGUAUGAUGAUAACAAACUAUUUUUAAUAGUCUAAGUAUUAAAUCCAAAUAAUUACAACUAAUUUUAGUAUGGAUUUGCAUACUAUGAUCUUAGUACAAGUGAAUUAUUAUAUAUAGCUUCUAAUUCCCUACCAAUAGAUAUUACAUAAAUUUAUUAAGAUGUACUCUAAGAUGGCUCUUAUUAAUAUUAAAUUUUAUUUGUUAAUCCAUUAGGGUAUACCAGUUAUUCAGUUUAUAUGAUCUGGAAUAAAAAUAAAAAUAUAGUAACUUUCUAACAGUUUUAUUUUAGUCCUGGUCAAAAUUAAGUUGCUUGCCAAGGAGAUUUGUCAGAAAAUUAUAUAGUCGUAGGAUCAUAACUUGGUGAAGUUAGAGUUUUACAACUUGAAUCUAAAUUAGGUCCUUAAAAGGUUUACUAAUCAUUUUUACUAAGUGAUAAUGUUCAAAGUGUUUAUUAAAGCUUUAAAAUUGGACUUUAUUUUAUUACAACCAAUUAUUAAAUAAAAUGUUUUAGUAUUCAUACUGAUUAAUUGAUAGAAAUAAUAUCAUUUUAAACAUUAAAAACUCCACCUGAUUCUCCUUGUAUAAAAAAUAUAACUAUUGCAGAGAACUUACAAAUUCUUAUUGCUUAUACAACUAAUGAGUUAGUUUUGAAAAACUUUUCUUCUGGACAAUUUUCCUCAAUUUUGUUAAAUAAGAAUAAUUAAAUUUACCUAAGUUUUGUUAAUGGAGUAUAUAUUGAUGAAAAUUAUAAAGAAAUAUAUAUUUAUGGAGACUUUUUAGUAAAAACAGAUUUGUUGCUUUAAAAUUCUAUAAAAAUUGAUUCCCAAAAUGCAAAUGGAUCUAUAAACUAAUGUGUUUUUACAUCUAAUUCAGUAUUUUGCUCAAAAAACCAUAUGUUUAUUCUUAUUUAUCAAAGAAAUAAUAAUUUAUUUUUAUUUUCUACUAUUACUGUUUCUGCUGAGCUUAUUGGAUUUCAGUUAAUGAUUGAUUUAGAUUACUAAAAUAUAAUUGUGUUUACAUAGUAAAUAGCUAUUUAUGCAAUUUAAGGUGUUUAUAUAUAGACCAUAAAUCUAGGCAGUUAAAUUAAUUAAAUCUUAUAUGCUGGCUAGUACAUAGUUUGCCUCACAUACUCAAGUAAAUUUACUUUUUGA